AUUUUUUGCAGAGAAUAUGUUGUACAAAAUAUGAAAGUUUAAUUCAUACCCCCUCCUGGUUUCGUUGGCACAUUCUUCACCAAGCACGUGGUACAAAAUGGCGGAACAAAUGGAGGUCGCACAACAGAACAACAUGGAGAACUUGGCGGAAGACGUGACCAAACCCGUGGCGAACAGCGAGGACGUGAGCCACCCGGACGACAUGACGUCACGAGACUACUACUUCGACUCGUACGCCCACUUCGCCAUUCAUGAGGAAAUGUUGAAAGACGAGGUUCGCACACUGACCUACAGAAACGCCAUGUACCAGAACAAACACCUGUUCAAGGACAAGAUAGUUCUGGACGUGGGGUGUGGCACGGGGAUCCUGUGUAUGUUUGCUGCCAGAGCAGGGGCCAAGAAAGUCAUAGGGAUUGAAUGUUCCAGUAUAGUAGAACAUGCCAUCAAGAUUAUUGAGGACAACAAUUUGGACCACAUUGUGACAAUCGUGCGAGGUAAGGUUGAGGAGGUGGACCUGCCGGGGAUAGACAAGGUGGACAUCAUCGUGAGUGAGUGGAUGGGGUACUGUCUGUUCUACGAGUCCAUGCUCAACACCGUCCUGUACGCUCGAGACAAGUGGCUGGCCCCAGAUGGAAUCCUGUUCCCAGACCGAGCCACGCUGUACGUAUGUGCUAUCGAAGACGGGCAGUACAAGGAUGAGAAAAUCAACUGGUGGGCCAAUGAUGUGUAUGGGUUUAACAUGGCGUGUAUGCGACCGCUGGUAAUCCAGGAGCCCACAGUGGACGUGGUGUCGGCCAGGCACGUGGUUACCAACUCGUGCCUCCUGAAGGAGGUGGACAUCAACACGUGUAAGAUCGAGGACCUGCAGUUCACCUCGCCGUUCUGUCUGCAGUGUCGGCGUAACGACUACGUCCACGCCCUGGUCUGCUUCUUCAACGUGGAGUUCACCAAGUGCCACAAACGCACCGGCUUUUCCACAGCCCCAGAAGCCCACUACACCCACUGGAAGCAGACAGUGUUCUACAUGGAGGACUACCUCACUGUGAAGCGAGGGGAGGAGAUCUACGGAACCUUCAACAUGAGGCCCAACAAGAGGAACAACAGAGACUUGGACUUCAGCAUCGACGUGGAGUUUAAGGGGGAGCUGGGAGAACUGUCUGCCUCCACCAACUACAAGAUGCGAUAGAGACGUGCCAACCCCCCCUGCAAUAUUUCUGAAUGGUCUAGUCCAGCAUCGUCGCAGGGGAUUCUGGGAUAUGCCAUCCAGAAAGCAAGGAUGUAAGGACACUUUGACCUUUUGACGGGUUCAAUUGCAUGCUGGGAAAUGCAGGGCACUAUGGGUAGCAUAAGGGGGAAAUAUCAUUACCGUGACAUUAUAGGUUACACAGUAUACUUUUGCUACCCAUAAUGCACUGCAUCUCCCAGCAUGCCUUGGGAUCCGUGAGAAGGUCUAGUAGGCAACCGCAAAAAAAAAUGCAACACUUGAAUAAUGAGACUUCCCAAAAACUGGUGAAAAGUUUUUGACUUCUAGUCCAUUUUUAGUAGUUUGAAAAGAAAAUCAGCAAUUUCUCACCAAGACCUAACCCUCUAACAAGAACAAGUCGUUCACAUAUUAUUUUGAUGUUGGAGAGAAACAUUUGAAAAUGGACAAAAACUUCUCUGAGAUAUUAGAAUUUUACAACAGGAAGGAGCAUUUACACAAAAGAUGAGCAUCAAAAA